AUGCCUUGCAUGGUCUUCUUGACCACAUCUUCUGGCGGGCCACCUCAGAUCGAUCCUCUUGUCGCCUUCUAUGUAUUUCUUCUUGCGAAUUUGGUCGCUGCCACUUUCUCUCCAAUCCAGGACUGCGAUGAGGUCUUCAACUACUGGGAACCGAGCCACUACCUCAACCAUGGCUACGGCCUUCAAACCUGGGAAUACUCCCCUGAAUACGCCAUUCGAAGCUGGAUGUACGCUGGACUUCACUCGCUUUGGUUGUGGAUUGGCAUGCUUCCCCUCAGAGCUCUAGGGUUUGGCAACUCCAAAGUCUUGGAAUUCUACUUCCUUCGAGCUACUCUAGCGAUCAUCUGCGCUUCUUGCCAGACACGUCUGUACUCAGUCAUCUUAAGAACGUUCAACCCCCGUGUAGCAAUCUUCUUCAUGAUUGCCAUGAUUACUAGUCCAGGCAUGUACCAUGCAGCUCCUGCCUAUCUCCCAUCGACAUUCGCCAUGUAUACGACUAUGUUAGGUUUCUCGGCCUUCAUGGACUGGUCAGGAGGCUUCAUGAGGACUGCACAGGGUAUCACCUGGUUUGGUAUUGGCGCUGCCCUUGGUUGGCCAUUUGCUGGCGCCCUGGUAAUGCCAUUUAUUGCUGAGGAAGUCAUUUUGGCAGCUGUAACAGGAGAGGUCUUCCAAAGCUUCUGGAGACUGUUCCAAGGUGGUCUCAGAUCACUGAUUGUCCUCGCUGUUCAAACAGCAAUCGACUCAUUCUUCUACAAGAAGUUCGUAUGUGUACCGCUGAACAUUGUUCUAUACAAUGUCUUCAGUGGCGGAAGUAGAGGACCUGACAUCUAUGGUGUCGAACCUUGGCACUUCUACAUUCGCAAUCUCGCCCUCAACUUCAACAUAUGGUUCUUCCUCGCGCUCGGCGCUUUGCCGUUGCUUUUCGUCCAGCAAUUGAUCUUGAACAUGGCCGACUCGAAGCCUAUACUUAAGCAGUCCCUUCUACGAAGCAUCGUAUUUGUCAGCCCCUUCUACUUUUGGCUGGCGAUAUUCACGGUCCAACCUCAUAAGGAAGAGCGGUUCAUGUAUCCGGCUUAUCCUGCAUUGGCAUUGAAUGCUGCCAUUUCCUUGCAUAUAUUACUGGCCAACUUUGGCUCGACUGACCCGCGACGUCUUGUCAGCAAAAUUCCUCCGCAGCUGAAGCUUAUGGUUGUAGUCACUCCGCUACUGUUGUCUUUCAAUGUUGGCAUGCUUCGAACAAUUGGCACUCUUACCGCAUACUCUGCUCCCCUCAAUGUCUACAAGCCUCUGCACAAUGCAGGCUUUGCCCGACCGGGAGACACUGUCUGUCUUGGGAAAGAGUGGUAUCGCUUUCCAUCAUCUUUCAAUCUUCCUCACGGAGUACGUGCCAAGUUCAUCAAGAGCGAGUUCAAAGGUUUACUCCCCGGCGAGUUCAGCGAGGCAAACGUCGGGUUUGGCCUGUACCCUGGAACAUGGUUUGUGCCUUCUGGUAUGAAUGAUGAGAAUUUGGAAGACCCUGGGAAAUAUAUUGAAAUAGAACACUGUGACUUCCUUGUGGAUUCAAAGCUUCCUGGAUCAUCACCGACAGAGCUUGAGCCAGACUACAUCUCCCAGGACGAGCAUUGGGAGAAGCUCAAGUGUGUGCCAUUUCUUGAUGCUAGCCAAACACACAUUCUCGGACGCUUGCUUUGGAUUCCAGAGCUUCCAUUCAUUCCAGCCAAGUUUCGCAGACAGUGGGGCCAGUACUGUCUAUUGCGACGUACAAGUGUAAAUCCCACCUUAACCGUUAUCAUCCUCGGGAUAUCGAUGCUUGGCAAUUUUCGUUAUCGCUCCUUGAACAUGUUCAUACUAACCGAGUGGGGUAUUGGGAUCCUUGAUGCAUUACCAACGGGAGCUGAGUUCUUGGAAAAUUACACGCCACAGUCAAUGGCUGCUUGUUGCUUGACAUUAUCGCAGCAGCCGUUUGUGUCCUUCCACCAUUUGACCAUGGAUAUUUUCGCUUCGCAGUUUGUAGAGCGUGCAAGAGUGCUUGGUCGCACAGCGCAACACCACUAUUCCCAAGCACAAGGAAAACUUAACCGUACUCUACAACACGCAAAUAACCAGCCGCAAGCCUUCUUAUACGUAAUUCUUUUGUUCCUCACCUUAUUCUGGCUAGCACCAACCCUCCUGCGCCUCCUACACUGCCUCCCCACUCCCAUCCGUCCCAGCAGCCCCAGCCUCGAAAAGCGGUCCACAAGUAAAGCGCCUGAACGACCACCAGGAGUAUGGCACCCCUCUCCCUUCACUCGGCCCCCUGCCCCUCCUUACCCAAACUGGUCCCUCACUACCACAAAGCCCCUCCCCUACCGCCCCUUCCGCUACGGCCCUAAAUACAACGUAUCCCUCGGGCUCCGCACCAUGCCCUGGUCCUCCUGGAUCGAACUCGACAACCAAUACCUAACCUACCACGCCCUGAAAGCGGAGCGGAUGGCGUCGCGGGGGGACAAAUGCGUGCGGACUGCACCAGAGGCGUAUCCCGCCGCGCUCGAACUAUUGCAUGAAUUAGCAGGAUACCUGGGGGAACGGUAUCCGACACUUUUCUCGCGCACGACGGGCAACGGGAUCAAGAAUCUAGCGACGGGCGAGGAAUUCGAUGUUGCUUGCUCGCGUGUCUUGAGGCAGGGGAUGAUGGUGGUGGAGGAUCCCAUGAGGAUUGCGGCAAGACUGGUGCAGGAUGAUCUUGCGAUUAUGGUGGAGAGGGAAGAUGGCGAGUAUUAUUUCCUCGCUGGUGCGAUUCUGCUGCCUGGGUUUUGGAGGCUGGGGGAUAAGUUUGGGAUGCAGGUUGGGGAGAUUCAUAGUAGUGGGGAUGUCCCUGGGUACAAAGAGAAGUUGGAGAAGGGUUUAAAGAAUUUCUUUAGGCGGGUGAGGCCGGAGAAUCCAGUAUUGAGGAACAACUACUUCAUUCAAGUUGACGACAAUUUGGCAUGGAGUAGCAGUAUUGGAAGUGAAGACGAAGACGGCAUCGGUUGGUUCACAGCAGAGAAGAAUAGAGCAAUCCAGCAUCACUACUUCAGAAGCGAAAGACAGAGUCUAAGACGCCUCCCCAAAACUGGUGGUGUCGUCUUCACUAUUCGUACCUACUUUCAUCCUAUCACCGAUAUCUGCAAGGAGCCCUACGUCCCUGGUCGGCUCGCCAGCGCAAUUCGCAGCUGGGGCGACGAUGUGGGCAAGUACAAAGGAAAGGAAAAGUAUGGUGAUGUCUUGUUAGAGUACCUGGACAGGAUGCAUAAAGAGCAAGUCAGAGGAGGAUUAGAUGUUAGUAAAGAGGAGGAAGAGGGGAUACAGUAUCCUUUUUAG